AUGCUGCGCGAGGGCGCGCAGUGCGUCGUCAUGCUCGGCGCGGGCGCGAGCGUGGCCGCGGGGCUGCCGGACUUCCGCACGCCCGGCACGGGCCUCUACGACAGCCUCGAGGGCUACGGCCUGCCGUACCCCGAGGCGGUCUUCGAGCUCGACUUCUUCAAGGAGAACCCGGCGCCGUUCUACAAGCUCGCGCGGGCGCUCUGGCCGGGCCGCGAGUCGCGGCCGACGCUCGCGCACGACUUCGUCAGGCUCCUCGCCGACCGGGGCCAGCUCAUCCGCUGCUACACGCAGAACAUCGACUCGCUCGAGCGCGAAGCGGGCGUGCCCGCGGACCGCGUCGUCGCCGCGCACGGCAACUUCGACACGGCGACGUGCGUGGACACGGGCCUCGAGGUCGACGUCUCCGAGUUCGAGGCCGCGCUCUUCGGCGACGACAUGGCCGCGUUCAACGAGAAGCACGGCGGCCUCUGCAAGUCGGACAUCGUCUUCUUCGGCGAGGCGCUGCCGGGCCGCUUCUUCGAGACGCUGAAGCCGGACUUCGACGCCGCGGAGCUGCUGCUCGUCGUCGGCACGAGCCUCGAGGUCCACCCGUUCGCGUCGCUCGUCGACCUCGGCGCGAUGCCGCGCGCGCUCAUCAACCGGGAGAAGGUCGGCGAGAUGCUCCCGAGCCGCCUCUCGCGCGGCGGCGACUACGGCUUCGACUUUUCCGAGAACGCGACCGUGCCCCGGGACGUGUUCCUCCAGGGCGACGCCGACGACACCGUCGCCGCGCUCAUGGACGCGGCGGGCUGGGAGUUCCCCGAUAAGUAG